CUCGUAGGUCAGAGAGUAAGCACGGAUCGGCAAGGGGUAAGCGAAGUUCAUCUAGUAUACAAUAUCAUCUACUUAUCCCUCCUGAGCUCCUGACCCAUAAAUGUCUCGUUGACUGCGUGAGGAAGCUGGGCACUUAGUGUCUCGUGACAUGGACCACGGGGCCCGCGGGCCAGGGUCAUGGACAAGUGCUGGGCACAAGGCGGACGCAGGUGAACGAUAGCAGACAGGCAGCCGUGCGGACGGAUGGACCCAGCCACAUGGGUGAAUGGGCCAGCGGCAGGCAGCUACUACGGGCGAUCAGCAGCCAUAAAAGACAGUUUUGAAAGUAUCUCGCCGAGCGCUCUCAUCCAAGCCCGCAGCUCUCCGGUGGCCUCUGAGCUUGCAGAGGCCAACUGGGAGGUAGUCGAGUCGCUGUUUGAAAGGAAUUGGUUUGGCCCAUGUAACUGCUGUGACUGUGCAUGGGGUGCGUUGCGCUUCAGCAGAAGCUAUGAGGCGGGACUCACGGAGGCAUUGGCGCCUCAUGCCGCCGCUGGCGUCUCUGCUCCUCGCGCAGUCGCUUCCACCGCAUCAUCUUCUUCACAGUCCUGCUUUCCCGCGUUCUUAACCCGACCACGGCGCGUCCCUGAGCCUCCAUCAUUCGAACCGCCGACCCAAAUGGAUGGCAUUCCUGACACGCCUGUGUUGUACGGAGCAGCGGCAGCUCCAGCUCCUGUGCCUCCCUUUACAGCCUUGGCUCCCAAGGGAUCCUCUCCUCCAAAGGCCGUACCAGUGCCCAGACGCGCCGACAACGUAGACGUAAGCGAUAACGCGCUGCCGCCAGCCCUGGACGGCUCGGAGCCGGUCCCCGCAGCUGCACCCGCACAGCCAGCACUCUUGGAAUACCCCGCAGCCGGCGCGGGGGCCUCUGGCUGUACGACACAAGGUACGGACAUCGUACCUCAGCUGGGCACGUGGGCGGAUCGGCAGUACCGGCUGCUGGAUUCGGUUCCGGAGCGCGGGGAUAACGGCCUGGCAAGUGGGUCAGGCGCCUCGGAGCGAUCCUCCUCCAUUGCUGCCCGCUCGCCGGUUGCGAGUGUUGGCCGCGGGGCGGCCAUGCUGUUGCGGCCGCCACAUGGGCCGGGCCAGAACAGCAGCAGCGCAUGCGGUAGCGGCAGUGGGGAGUGCGUCACGGGCGGCAGCGGCAGCAGCGCCGCGGGCCGGGACCCCAGCGCCAGCCCCAUCCUCUUCAAUGCGUCCAUGCCCAGCCAGGACCGCAGCAGCCACAUGGACGGCCAGGUUACCCCAAACGGUGUGGCCUGCGGUUACACCGGAGGAGGAGGGGGCUGCGUGGGGAACGGCUGCAGUGGCACCGCGCUAGCUGAUCUGGCGGAGCAGGGUCGCAGGCGGCCGGGUCAGGAGGCGCUGCUGCGGAGUGGGGGCUACCUGCAGGCCCCGGAGGACUCCUCCGCCUCGCACUCAACCGCUGUCAACCACCAUCACCACAACCACAACCACCAUCAGCAGCAACAACAAGGAGCUGCUCCCACUGCUGCUCAGCAACCCUCCCAGCAGCAGCAGCCCCCGCCUCAAGACACCGAGGCGCUCAUCCAGGAGGCCGCUUGGCGCUGGCGCUUCACACGCCGCUGGCAGGCGGAGCAGGCACGUACGGAACCCGAGCGCGCCGGCUCGCUCACCACCGACCAGAUGGACGAGGCGCUGGCCUACCUCAACGCAACCGGCGCCACCACCACCACCAGCGUCUCCGUGCAGAUCGGCGCGCAUGCCGGCCGCGGAGCGCACAACCGGGGCCGCGGAGGGCCGGGUGCGGGAGCCUCCACGGAGGGGAGUUUGCUGGUGCAGAGCCUGUUGGGCGGCACGUUGGGCGGGGGGCCGAGUACGCUGGGCGGGGAGUGGCCGCUGGGUGCUUGCAGUGGCAGCGGGAGCUUCACGUCGGGUCCUCGGAUCCUGGGGAGGCAGGGCAGUGGGGAGCUGCUGGCGGCGAGUCGGGAGGUGGCGUCGUUGAACCGGCGGGCGGUUGUGGCGCUGCAGCAGCAGCUGGAGUGCGAGCUGCAGGCGGACAGGAGGGUUCAGGAGUCGCUGGCGCAGGGUCCGCCCUGGGUGGGCCACCUCAUCCCCGUCGUGCAGAUCGACGAGUGGGGCUCCUUCCGCUUCCUCAUGCUCAAGCUGCAGGACCGUAGCGGCCGCGCGGCGGGCAGCGAGCGGCAGCGCAUCCUCAUCCGCGGCCACAACUACUGCAGCGAGGGGCAGCUGGUGGAGGAGUGCAACCGGGAGAUCCUGUCGCUCUCCCAGAAGCACGCGGUGCCCAUGGAAACACCCACCGUCAUGGGCGGUGGCGUCAUGGAGUGGCGUCGUGACCGGGACCGGCACCUGCACCUGCACUCGGGGUUUGUCAUGGACCGCUCGCUGCCGGCAGCGGCCAUGGGGCUCGGGGGGGCGGGCAUGGCGGGAGCCGCCGCAGCAGCAGCCGGGCGGCCCGCCUCUGCCAUGGACUUGUUGAACCUGGCGGCGGCGGUUGUACGGCAGAGCUUCCCGCCGACGUACAAGAUAACGGUGCUGACGUAGCACCGCUGGGAUGCCGCUGGGGCGUGAUGUCGUCGUCGAAGGCGGCGUUUCAGAACCGGGAUUGGUGUUGGUCGCUCGGUGAAGGGGCUGCCACAGGUAGUGUUUGAAGCAGCGGGGAGUUAUUACCCAUGACGAAAAGGCAGCUGGGAGCUCGGGUAAGCAUGCAUGCAGGAAACAGCCGUCGUGUUGGUGGUCGCUGCGAGGUACAUCCGUACAUACAAGGGGUCCUGCGAGGUACAUACCAGGGGCGGGCGACAGAGCAGCCUGGGCAUGGGCGUGUUGCUGACGCUGCAUUCGCCGCCGCGAAACGCGGGCAGCAGGCGGCAGGUGAGAGCUCGGCGGGGGGUGGUUGUUAACACGGCCUUGGCACGUAGGUAGCUUGUGUCAUGUCAGAUUAGCUUAUCAGCUUCUAGUCUGCGGGAACGGGAACGGGUGUAGCUUCUGAGGGGACCGUCCGCUUGGCUGCACUGCUGGACUUGAGAUGUUGGCUGGAACGUUGGCUUCUGGCUCGAGGUCUGUCUGGGGAAUGCGGAGGAUGCAGGCAGCAGCGACUGGCCCCCAUGCAUGAGGGCGCAUGUUGUUCGUGUUUUGUUACCGUUCUGCUUGCGGAGGGUGAGGUCCGGCGCAUGCUGGUAGUUGUGCACGGCCUGGGGCCCGGCCUACAGUGUUUCCCUAAGUGCCGGCGGACCCUUUUGGGUCGUUUUGUGGUUGGCCGAUGGGACUCGGACGCUAGCGGGAUUAAGGACUGGGGCUACAGACACUUCGGAAAUGGCCGCUAGCCUAGCUUUGUAGACUGAAAACGAAUGGCCCGUGUGGGGGGUCGAUUUAGGAAGUUAGACGAGGGGGGUUGCUUUUCAGGAGAGCAGGUAUGACGGAUCGGGAUUGCAACAGGCGCAUCGGCCCAUGCCAUAGCAAGUGGCCACGGCGCCUCUUCUUCUUGCGAUGGAUGGUGGGAAUGAAUGGAGGCCGUGUGAAUGGGGCACGGAAGAGAUGCCUAAGCUGGCUACGACCAGUCAGCUCGUUUUUCGAACACGGCAACCGGCGCAAGGAUUUUUCCGGACACGACGAGUUUUUGUCGGUACCCUUGGCUUGGAUGACGUGUGGAGCCCUGGUCUGGCUGCUGUUGCAACCGGCAGCUGCGUAGCAGUAGUGGCUUGGGAUAUAUUAGCGGGCGCCCUGCUGGCUUUGGGGGCAAAACGGGGACGUGCGGUAUUCCACCGGCGGUGGUUUGCGGCGCCUCGC